GACAAUCGCGCUCCAAUUCAGGGGAAACUUCAAAACUUCGGCUUUUUCGAUGCACUUCUUCAAGGCAUACCUUCAGCGUUGUUCCUCUUCACUGCAACCCAUACCGGGGAGCUAUACGGAGAGGCGUCACAAGAAAACUUUCAGCUACUAUCGAAGUUAACCUGGAGCCAUUAUGCUACUUUUUAGCCCUCCCCCCCGUUGCUUCGCGAGAGGACCACCCCGGAUUCGCUGAGCUAGGAACUAUCACAAAUGGCUCUUGGAAAUACCCGCUGAGAUUGGUCCAUUCGACCCGCGAAAAUUGGCUCUCGAGUACUCCAUAGGAUGGCCGCUAUGGUUUCCAAGCAAGUAGCCUCGUCUGCUCGUGACUCUGGAUCUUGCACGAGGACUUCGAAAGGUCCGGUUGGAGCGAUCCUAAUCGCCGCUAUUUUCCCAAGCCUUCUUGUGGUUCUCACGAUCUCUCGGUCUCUCAUUCGAAUAUUCAUGUACAGAUGAUGUCUGUAUAUGCGCUCCUGUCACUCAUUUGAUUUGCUGCCUGUUUUAUGGCCGCGAAGGCCCUCUACGUUCGUUAUCGCUAAUAAUUGAUACUAUAAUAUAUUCGCUCUUUCUUUUGCUACUAAUUUAUAAUUUAACGGCUAGCAAUGGCGCGUUCCUUUAUGCAGUCUGUCAAUCUUUCUCCUUUCGAGCUCGGUCUUUGGCCUUCAAAGUGCACCUGGAACCUGCAAGCCUCAGUUGGCGGACAACUUGUCUUUUGAAGAUGGUCUUUCACUGGUCCAACUGGAGGGAUGAUGAAGAUCAAUGAUGCGGUCGACGGGAAGAGCUACUAUCGUACCAAGCUCAAGUCCGACGAUACAGGGUACCUCUCCAGCACCGUGAGGGCCUUAAAAGCGGGUGCCUCCCAUGAAAUCUCGUUAGAAUGGCGGGACGACGAUAGUACGGAUGCCAAUUGGCUUAGUGGUAACAUCAUACAACUCUUUGUUGGGUACGAAGAUUCUAGAUGGAAUUCUGUUUCGUUGAAGUGGACUGCACGGCGAUCAAAGCAAAAGCUUGUGUUAAGGUUCUACUGCGAUGGCAAAAGGGAGUUCAGUAUAGAUUUCGAUAAAGUUGAAGUGCUUGGGCCGGGGGCUCAAGUCUGCCCUAUAUCCACUGCUUCGUCAGUGACGCCUACUCCCACUUCCGUGACAAUUUCGACAUUAUCCGGAAUAACAGCGUCUUCUGAAUUAAGUACGUCGAUUUUAGUCACCUCCCUCAGAGAAAUGAGAAGCACGUCCAGCACCAUCGUAACAAGCUCCUCCGCCUCAUCCACUACUACUAUAGGCACGACUUCUGAGCUCCCGUCGAUUUCGUCGGAGACUACUUCCAUGUCGCGCUCCAUGAGUGAGAUUACAUCCGCUGCUCGCACUGAUAGCAACUCUAGUAUUGCAUUUGAGACCGCCUCUUCCGCAUUAUCCACGGCGAUCGCGUCUAGUGCGGCACGUGGAACUUUUUCAACAGUUUCACUAGCAGCCAGCGCAUCUAACACUAUGACCAAGACCAGGUCAUCGGCUCCUGCUCAACCUGCAUCAAGCACUGCACCUGAGACCACGGCAUCUACCGCGGUGCCUGGUACUCUCUUAUCUCUUUCAACAAUUGCUAUCGGAACUGAACCACUCCCUUUAUAUCUUCGACAGCAACAACAUCUAGCAUAG